CAAAAAAAAAAAAAGUGCUGUGAAAAGUAGUCACUGGUCACCAAAGCUUUAGUGUGAAUAGAAACCCAGCAUAGACGGAAUUAUAUGCCGUGCCAAACGGCUCUUAUUUAUAGAUAAUUUAUUAAUUAAUUCAUAUUCCACAUUUUCCAUUUCCCAUUUCCCAUUAGAUUCUUAUUUAUUUUAGAUUGUUAAAGUAUUACUUUUAUAUUGAAUUGAUGAUCAGAGUGCUAUAGACCAAUUACUUUAAUUUUAAAUUUUACAUCAUUACAUUCUUUUAUUUAUAUUAAAUUCAUAAAAUCAAAAUCAUAAAUUCCACUUUACAUUGUUCAUGAUAUGUCACAAGUAUUUACAGCUUCUGCUAUACCGUUGAGUUUUGAUCCAACCCAUGAAUCUCUACAUCAACACGAGUCAAAGGUUCCACCUCAACCUCCUAAAAAUGAUAACAAUCAUGAUAAGGAUGUUUUAUCACCAGUAUUUAAUUGUAUGUUAGCGGGAGGUUUUGGUGGUAUGGUUGGUGAUACAUCCAUGCAUUCCUUAGAUACCGUUAAAACUAGACAACAAGGAUUAAUUCAUCAUCUCAAAUAUAAAAAUAUGAUACCCGCGUAUAUAACCAUAUUUAAAGAAGAAGGUUUCUUUCGAGGUUUAUAUGGAGGAUAUUCUCCUGCCAUAUUGGGAUCAUUCCCUUCAACAGCUGCAUUUUUUGGAACUUAUGAAUAUUCAAAAAGAAAAUUAAUUAAUGAUUAUAAAUUGAAUGAAACCUUCUCUUAUUUUAUUGCAGGAAUAUUAGGAGAUUUUGCUUCGAGUAUUUUUUAUGUUCCAUCAGAAGUAUUAAAAACAAGACUUCAAUUACAAGGAAGGUAUAAUAAUCCAUAUACCAAGGGUUCAGGAUAUAAUUAUAAAGGAUUAAUAAAUGCUAUUGUAUCAAUUUCAAAAGUUGAAGGUAAUCAAGCCUUCUUUUUCGGAUAUAAAGAAACAUUAUUUCGAGAUUUACCAUUCAGUGCCUUACAAUUUGCGUUCUAUGAAAGAUUUAGGCAAUUGGCUAUUAUAUAUAAUAAAGGAUCAUCUGAUUUACCUGUAUCUAUGGAGUUGGCUACUGGAGCUGCAGCUGGUGGUUUAGCAGGUACAUUAACAACUCCAUUGGAUGUUAUAAAAACAAGAAUACAGACGGCAACUACUGAAUCAUCAACAAUAGAUACAACUAAAACUAAAACUACAACUAAAACUAAAGUUCCAUCUAAAUUACCAUUAGCAUCAACAUUCCGAGCUUUAAGUUCUAUUUACAAGAAUGAAGGUAUAUUGGGUGCAUUUUCUGGAGUAGGUCCACGAUUUAUCUGGACUGGUGUUCAAAGUUCUAUCAUGUUAUUACUCUAUCAAAUGUCCUUAAAACAAUUGGAUUCAAUUUUAGAUUCCAAUGAAAAACGUACCUUUGCAUCAUAACGAAUGAUCCCCACAAUUCAUAAUCUUUAGAAAUUUUGUACAUAGACUUAUACAGUUAAUAUUUAAUAAUUUUGGUAUUUUUAGUAUCAUCUGUGUAGCUCGGAAUUGCACCCUCUCCUCUUGUCUUCCUAUCUCCACUCCACUCAAUGAAAAUCACUUACAAGAAAAUACAGAAAAUACAGAAAUACAAAUACAGACAAUACUACACAAUUUUCUUAUCUACUGUCCCAUAGGUUAUUCUUUAGGUUCGGUGAUUACUGCAUUCUUAAUAACAAAAGUAGACUA